GUUAGAAGAGAUGGAUCAAACGCACCUGACUGGUGAUGUGAGGCUCAUACGGUCUGUCCUGCUGAAUGUAGUUGAGAUGCAGGACCAUCGGACAACCAUCCUUCAGGACAUCCAGCAAAGUCUCGCCCUGUUGGCUGGGCGAGCGCAGGCAACGUCGCCGAUGUUUGGGCCUGGUGCCUCGCCCGUUGUACAACCUCCUCCUUUUGUCCCACCGGUGACUGGGGUAUCCCCAUAUGUAGCCCCAUCAUCGGUUGCGAUCGUUUCCCUGGGCAUGCCGCUAUCAGGAGGGGUAUCAGCAAGAACUAGUGUGCAGGUUCCUGUACAGCCAGUGUUAACCCAAUCUCCGUUGCACGUUGCGGUCACCACGCAGCGUGCAGUCUCGCAAAUUGUACAGCCGCAGGGUACACAGCCCCAACAGCUGGCACAGCAACCUGUGUCACAGGGUCCACAGCCCGGAGUGAUGCAAGGACCGGGACAAACACGGUGGGUUCCAAAGACGACCAUCGUCGCUCCGAAACCCUCCACAGGGGAUAAGAGAGGUGAGGACCUCGACACGUGGUUGAGGGCAGUGCCAGUCUAUGUUAGGUGUAAACUUACCUUGACGCACGAAGAAGUGCUUGUGGCUGCCUCCUACCUAGAGGGUAGUGCAGCAAGAUGGUUGAGUGGUUUAGUGCAGCUCCAGGGGUAUGGUCAUGACUUCCGCGCUUGGGAGGUCACCCAGAAAUUGGAUGACUUCCUUAAGCUGGUGGAGGAAAGGUGGCACGAUCCUCACGAGGCCCAAAGGGCCACUGACACGAUCCUGACACUGCACAUGCGGCAGUUCAAGUUAGUAAGGGAAGCCACCGACGUUAUUGAGCGUCUGAUCUAUGUCCCAAGGGUGCGCUAUGACCCCCAGGGACUACUCACCUCCCACCUGAGAUGCUUCUCCUUGCCUCUCAGGAACCACUUGGCAGGUGAGGCCAACAUCAAUAUGCACAACUUUCCUUCGUUUAGCAGGAAGGCCCUAGACCUUGAGGCAAAGAUAGGGCAUGGACAGGCACCCACUACAGAUGGUAGGAAGAAAACACUGCCUCCCAACUGGAAGGCGAAGGGACGAAUUAUGUUUGUCGAUAACGGUGGAUCAACCAUCGAAUUAGACGACAACUUCCAGGAGGGAGUAGGUGCAGAGGCGGGCAGCAUUGAAGCUUCAGGGGGUGGAGUUGUCGUUGCCGUAGCUCAAAAAGGUAAGGCGACCGGUAGACGCCGUGGAGGCUCCCGGUCAAGGAGUCAAGUCAACCCUAACGCUCCCCCAUGGGAGAAGGCGGGUCUCUCAGAGGACGUGUGGAGAGAUCGGUACACACGGCAGGCUUGCAUUCGUUGUGGUCAAUACGGCCAUAAUCAGUUGAAGUGCCGUAACAAGAAGGUGACCGACAAGAUCCCGCCUACGAUGGGGCAGGCGGUAGGAUCCUCCCAUCCCGAUGGUAGCAAUGUGGCCAGUACUUCAGGCACUGCUUCGGGAAACACGUCGGGCCAGUAGGAAUAGUAGAUGUUCCUACUAGGGUCGAGGUGGUGGAGACACCCUCACCAUCUCGAGAGAUGGCCCAAGCUACUGACUCCAGCGUCGUCCCGCAAACACAUUCAGACCCAUCAAGCCUCUAUUCGAUGAAUGUGUUUGAGUCCUUAGAGGAGCUAGAGGAGGAGUGGUCUAGAUCAGCCCCGCUACCUUCUUGGACGGCCCUAGUCAAAGCCCCGAAGGGUGAGAUGUUCGUCAGCGAGAUAGUCGUUGGCGACCGCAAGGCCGGGGCCUAUCAUGACACUUGCUCAACAAGGAACUUUAUCACUCGCGCGUGCGUUGAGAGGCUGCGCUUACAGGGGCGAGUGCAGCGCCUGAGUCAACCUGUGGAGUCGACCUGUGCCAACAAACAGCGCAUGGUAGU